GUCCUGUCAGUGGCAGGUUAUGCAUCUUGGCAAACGUCAGAAAUUACAUCAUCACGUUUUAAAAUGAAUUGCAUCGUUUUUUUCUUAAAUUAGCCGCGAGAACUUUCUAUUUCAAACUGUCGUCAAUGUACUGAAGAACGAGCACAGCUCUCUAUCAUGGCCGAGUCAUCUUCGCUCCCCGAGCUUCCGCACAACAUCAACGACGACGUGUUGGAGCUGAACAAGGAUUUGGAGAGAAUUGUUGAAGACGUUGAAAAUAUAUCAGUGCAGCUGACUUGGAUGGCUUAUGACCUGGUGGCACUGAGGACCAGUCCUGAGCUGGGGGCCGCUAUGGACAGACUGGAAGAAGCCUGUCAUAGAUGCUUUGCUGUUGUCUGUGGAGACCAACAACAGGAGCCAGAGAUGGACAUGUGUCCUGACUCUACUGCCACAACACCUGAUCACAUGUGAUUUCAGAGUUUUUAGUUUACAAGACUACCGCACUGAGCUGAAGUGGCAAUUCUUGAUAAAAAUGCUUAAGCUCUGUUUCAAGGUUUACUGUGCUAUUUAGGAGCAGGUCUUUGGACUGAUAUUUCUGAUACUUUUAGCUGUAAAAGAGUUUUAUUCACCAAUGUAAAGACUGCAGCUCUUUGACUGUCGUCAGUUGAUGUUAGCUU